GCGACGGGCGGGAGGGCGGCGAUUGGCGCGCCCUCCUUGAGGAAGGUUUCUCUCUGGCAGGCUGCUGGUAGGGUAGGUGAGGAGCCCGGCUCCUUGGGGAGCGAAAUUGCCUCCAUGCACGGUGCAGCCGGCCGUCGGUUCAUCGCGAAAUCCCUCUUCUGUUAGAGGGCACGGCCUGGUGGACAACUCCGUGCCUUCUCAAACGGCACAGAGGCUGAGGAGGAGAGCUGCGGGCCGCUGCGGGGAGCGUCUUUCCGUUCAAAAGAAAUCACAGACUGAAAGGAACGUGCCUGUGAGCAGACGGAAAGAGCCACCGUAAACUAAACAGCAAGUUUCAGAUCUGAAUUGGGCGUGAUUAUUGUAUUAGUUUUGUGUAUUCGAUACAGGAACUGUAACAAAACAAAACAAAAACUUGCUGACCUACAAGUUGAAGUCCGUGUAGGACCGGGCUGCCGCCGCUGCGCGGAGAUGCGCGGUUCGGAGCGAGCAUCGCUGCUGCUCGUCGGAUUGCAGCUCCACAGCCUGCAAGUGGUCUUUUCAGCUAACACAGGUUUCUCUAUGUCUAUAUAUGACGUGACCUCAAGAAGCAUUUAUCUCAGAUGGUCCAAGUUUUCAGGAGCCUCUUCUUACAGAGUCACAGCUACAGCUGUGAAUAGUGUAGGCCAUUCUUUACUGGCUUAUUUUAGUGAUGGGACACUUAAGAGCACUCUAACUUCAUUAAUUCCCAAUACUGCCUAUGCUAUACAAGCAGAAGCCAUUGACACGAAUGGAAUUACUCUGGCAGAAACACAGACUGUGCAAUCAACAGCUCCAGACGUUCCUGUUAUUGAUCAAGCUUACUCAAAACUUAGCAAUAGUAUCACAGUAGAAUGGAGAGCAGUACCUGGAGCUACUAGUUAUCUGCUGGCUGCACAGGAUGGAGAUUCCUGCAUUGAAACUGUAGUCACAAAAUCACCAGGUACAGUGAUGGGAUUGGAACCAGCCACCUGCUACAGAAUCACCAUCAGGUCUGUAAACGCAGGAGGAAAGAGCCGCCCUUCACCUUCCAGAAAAACAACAACAGUCUUGUCUGCUCCAGUUCUGUCUGCCAGUUCCCCGAGCUGUGAUUCCAUUGCAGUGAGCUGGAAAGCUGUGUAUAUGGCAGUUGGGUUCUCUGUGUCCCUGAUGAGAUCAGACGGUUUGGGCAGAAUGCUGAAGCAGAACACCACCAAUACCUCCUUUGUAUUUUCAAACUUAGAUCCAGGAACUCUCUAUACUAUAAAAGCAUAUGCCUGGAAUGCCAACGGCCUUCCUGGAGAUGAUUUCACAUAUAACCAAAGAACAAGUCCUAAGGCACCAGCAGAUGUUCAAGUAGCUUUCAGUAGCGGAGCUUUAAGAGCUAUUGUUUCUUGGAUGCCAGCAGAAGGAGCUCUGACUUACAGUGUGACUGCCUCCAGUGGACUGUUGAAACUGAAGUGUAACACAUCUUCUUCCUCCUGCACAGUACCAUCGCUCCAGUGCGGGUCUGAGUAUUCUGUUUCUGUCACAGCACACAAUGAUGCUGGAUCCAGUAAUCCUACUGAUGCAGUGAGCUUAAAAACUAUUCCUUGUGCACCAGGAAAUAUAUCAAUUGAAGAUGAUGAACAUGGAAACUUGUUGAUAUCAUGGUCUAGAGUAAAUUUUGGACAUUAUUAUGUGGUUUUUGUGAAGAGCGACGAUGGCUUGGAAGUAUAUUGCAACACAUCCCACACACAGUGCCAUUUCCAGUCAGACUGCGGUUUCACUUACUUCGUUAGUGUCUUUGCAUAUAACAAUGCAGGGCAGAGUCCUUUAGGUGAUGUAUUCAAUUACACAACUGCGCCGUGCUGCCCCAGUAACUUCCGCGCAGUGCCGGUGUCGAGCGACACGGUGGAGGUGAGCUGGGCUCCCGUCCGCGGUGCUGAAAUGUACGAGACCAAGGCUGCCUCCGGGAGGGGGACGGUGCUGUGCAACGACACGGCCACCGCCUGCACCCUGUCUGCUCUGCGCUGCAACACCCGCUACAACGUCACCGUUUACUCCUUCAGCGAGGCCAGGGGCAGCAACACAUCGUGUGCAUCUAAGUAUGUGGCAACAGCUCCCUGCAGUCCUGAAAUUAAAAAUAUCUCAAAGGAGGCUCUUUCUGUGAUCAGUGUGCACUGGCAAUCUAACAACGAGGAAGCUACAUAUAUCGUAACUGCCCGAGGAGAGGCUGGCCUUUGGCAUUGUACAAGCUCUGGAAACUCUUGUACCCUAAUUAAUCUUCCCUGUGGAUCUGCUUUCUCUGUCAGUGUCAUAGCAAGAUCGCCAGCUGGACAGAGCUUGCCAAGCUACAGUGUCCCUUUAGAGACCGCUCCUUGUUGCCCUAACAACCUGACACUAACUCAAGUGACACAGUCGGUAACAAACGUCACCUGGUCUGCUGGAAUGGGUGCACACACAUACACAACGACACUGGAGUCUCCAAAGGGGCAGGCAAGAUGUCACACUCUUCAGAACUACUGUCUCCUGGGAUGCAUCACAUGUGGCACCAACUACACGGUAUCACUGAAAGCCAUCAGUGAAACUGGUUUGACAUCCCAUUGCACAUAUCAAGGAUAUUCUUCCAGUGCUUGCUGUCCUUCUGGAGUGAAGCUAUAUAGACUUGGCAGUAAUGGUAUCCGGGUAUACUGGCGAGCUUCUGAAGAAACAAUAAGCUACACUACUGAUUUACGUGGCUCAAAAGGCAAUUUCACUUGUUCACCUCGCUCAGGUCUAAGUUACUGUGAUAUUACUGAGAUACCUUGUGGUGAUGUUUACACAGCAGUAGUAUCUCCAGCUACGGAUAAGAGGCUGAAGCUCACCUUUUGUCCUAAAAAAAUAUAUUCAGUGAUAUACAGAGGGAAGAGCAGUGCAGAACACGUCUAGAUGGAAAUUCUGGCUCAGAUGAGGAGUUCUCUAUCAAAACUAGAUGACCCAUGGGCUUCACGAUGAUGACUUCUGCUUCUGGAUCUUCUGGGAGACCUCCUGGGACUGAUGGAUCGUCUUGGAGACCUUUUAAAAUAAAGGGUAUUCAAUAUGAAACAACAGUUUACCAAGUGAAGGGAACCUGUCUACUCUACAAUAGAUUUAGCUUUACAUACACAGCGUGUAUUUCAUCUUAAAUACAGGUAGCCUACAAGAGAGCAUUAUUGUCAGAUUUUAUCCACGAACAUCCAUAAACUAAUUGCCCUAAAAGCCAUCUUACUAAAAGAUUACUUAGUUCUUCAUAGCAAGUCACUCAACAAUGAACUUUCAACCUUUAUUUACAAAGUGACAUAUAUACAACCUUGAACGUCUACGUUCUGUAUGCCGGUCUAUUUCUUCCAUUCCCUCCUUGCCAUCUUUUUUAAUUUUUCUGGGUCUGCUUUUAAUUUGCUGAUCAAUAGUCUUCUGGACUGGCACAGGAAUUCUUGGAAACAAUGUGGAAAACCAUUCAAGCUUAGUGAGGAAGGAACGAAGCAUCUCCCCAAUGGUCAUGACGCAGCCUCCACCGGCCUUCACAUCCAAGUCCUAUAAAAUACAAACAGAAAAUAUCCUGAUGGUCAAAAAUACUCUUUAAUUAUUUAAGAAAAAAUGCUGCUACAUUACUGCCCUCUUGAAGUCUCACGAUUAUGUAAGUUUACUUGUCUUUUAUUCUAAUAUAUUUCCUUAGAAAAACUCUUAACUCCGCACCCUUUGGAUUUGGCAGUAUGUUACAGACAGGGAGUGGGACUUAGUACAUGUGCAUGCAGGAACAUACUAAUCCUGCACCAUCUGGAUGCUAAGGGACUGUCAGUGCAGAGAUUAACACAAAAUCCCCUUACACAGUCCGGUUAUACAGUAUGAUCUUGUAUUUUAUAUAAAUGCCACAAAGUUGAGAAGUUCUCUGAAACGACAUUUAAUACUUUUUGUGGAUGCACAACUGCAUAACAUCAUACCCAACCCUGUGGCCUAAAUCACUUAAGAACGAUAUCAUUGCCUAUCUAAAAAUGAUCAUAGAAAAAUCUGUAGUACAAAAUGGCAUCCUAACAAUAUUGGAAGCAAUAGCAAACCAACUGCCAUGAAGCAGUGAGGUUUCUAAUUUAGAAAUAUGUAAAAAAAUAAAUAAAUGAACAAAUAAUUGGAAACGCAUAAUCCAUGAUGACCAUUGUCUCUGAAAAGGGUCAUUACCGCAUGAAGGCCUUCUUGCUAUGCCCUCUCACAGCUCAGGACAUGUUAGUCAGCUAUUGUCAGUCCCAAACCUAUAGUGCAAGCACACAAGGAAAGUGAGAUUUGUUAUCUAAACAGGAAGAGAAAAUCUAAAUGUAAAACUGCUUGCACUCACACACAUUUAAGUGUUCAGAUAUACAGUAUUUCCAAAUAUAAUCGCUGCAGAGAUCUAAAGAAGAAAAAAAUGAGUUAAACGUAGCACCUGGAGAGUACGUACAGUUAACAAAAUAAACGUAAGAAACAUUUUGAAAA